UUCAUGCUUGGGAUGCAACAACGCGAUAACCAUUGCCUGUGUGUGUGUGUGCUGAUGCCUUUUAUGUGAUCGGAUUUCAGCAACCUAAUCCUCUUGUCUGUGCAAGGUGGGGGCAGAGUCCUAGGGAACAAGACUAGCAUUGAGUGAGAGCACUCGUGCGAUUAAUAAUGAAGAUCUCCUCGUUUGCAGCCUGUUGUGGGGAUCAGGGGUGUUGCUGAUGCUGCUGCUGUGCUGAGUAUGGGAUCCCAGCCUCCUGGUUUGUGGAUGGAGUUAUUAGGGAUAACCUUUGGAUGCAUUGGAGAGUCCAGGAAAGCCGAUACCUGCAUGUGAUCUAUCACAUUAGCCAUUUGAACUAUGUCAGUGCAUUGGGUUAAAUUGCUGCCAGUGGAAUAUAUGCGAUUAAAAUCCCGUAUUUAUUAACAGAUUUGCCCCAAGUGAAGUUUGACAGAAAAUGAUACGGAAGCUCUGGAACUUGAUAACGUUUGCAAUGUUAUUUGGAUAUUGCUUUACCCAAGCACAAAGCGAUGGAGACUGGCAAUUUGAGGAUUGUGAACUGGCUAGAUCUGGGCCACCAGCAACUAUAGUUGCUAUAGAUGAAGAAAGUGCAAAUGGAACAAUCGUAGUGGACAAUAUGCAAAUCAAAGGGACUGCUGGUGGAUCAAAUCCUACUAUAACACUCACGUUAAAGGAAAAUACAGACUACUGGGUGAUACUGGAUCCAGUAACUCAGAGGUUAUAUCUCAACAGCACUGGCAGAGUUUUGGAUAGAGAUCCGCCUAUGUCUAUUCAGACCUUUGGUGUUAAAAUAGAAUGCAGGAAUUUAAAAGAUGGAAGUGUUAUUAUCCAUGUAGUACGAGUAGUUGUAAGAGACAGGAAUGACAACUCACCUAAUUUUAUGCAAAAGAGUUACUACACAACCAUCAAUGAGCUGAAAGAUGCCGGUGGAAAGAUGAGGAGGGAGCUGCACGCUUACUGGUCUGGCAGAGUGGCAGCUGGAAGGUGCUGUGCAGAGGGGGAAACUCGCUACCAGGAGAUCCUGUGUGUGAACCAUCCUAUAGAAUUCUGGAUGAUCUUUUAA